AUGCUCGCUUUUUGUUGCAAUUUGCUUCUUCGUCUUCAGGUCGUAGACGAUCAGCUCGCUCGUCACAGAGAACGAGGUGUCAAACAGCCUGGAUUUGGUUGCAAGUGCCACAGCGUGCUGCUUUCUAGCGAAGUCUGCGAUGCAGUUCUUGUUUAUUUUCAUGGGUUAAAUAUUUUGUUUGUUUGUUAG